UGCACAAACACAACAUGGCACCUGCUGGUCGGGGUGUUGUUUUGCUUGCACUCUCACUGCUUUACGUAUAUCGACCGGCUUUUUCAUCGGAAUUUUUCUCCACGCUCACUUUCUUCAACAGUGAUCUGCAGAAGCAUGGAUGUAGCUCCCACUCUGACUGGGAAGAUUACACAGCGGAAUGUGAGUCUUCCAUUUUGAAAUUUGAUGAUGACCCAGACUGUAAAAAUGGAGGAAAUCCACCCUGUGCGUCAGUUUUUUCCCUGGAUACCGAAAAGAUUCUGAGCCAAGCAAAGCUUUUGGCAGAACAAAAGAGGUUACCUUUUGCUAUUGACAACCAGAAUACAAAUGAAGAGUUGGCAAUUGGUUAUGUGCUGAUUGGAAGUGGUUUGUAUGAUGAAGCAAUACAACAUUUUUCAUCACUCUUGCAGGGAGAUCCAGCGUUGGUUAGUGCUAUUUAUGGAAGAGGGAUUGCAUAUGGAAAGAAAGGUCUGCAGGAUAUUAAAAAUGCUGAUCUGGCUCUGUUUGAGCUGAGUCGAGUUAUUACUCUUGCACCAAAUCAACCAGAGGUGUUUGAGCAGCGAGCAGAGAUUCUGUCUCCGUUGGGGCGAACCAGUGAAGCAUUAAGUGACCUGACCAAAGCCAUCCAGCUGCAUCCGUCUGCUCGACUUUACAGACACAGGGGUACUCUUAAAUUUAUCUCUGAGGAAUAUGAACUGGCCCAGCAGGAUUUCCAGCAGUCUCUGGAGUUAAAGAACAAUCAGCCAAUCACAAUGCUGUAUAAGGGCUAUACUUUAUUCCACCGGGGAAUGCUGAAGGAAGCUAUUGAAAUAUUCAAAGAAGCACUCAAGCUUAAAACAGAUUUCAUAGAUGCAUACAAAAGUCUCGGUCAGGCCUACAGGGAGCUUGGCGAUUUUGAAGCUGCCAUGGAAAGCUUUCAGAAGGCUUUGAUGUUAAAUCAGAAUCACAUUCAGUCUCUUCAGCUCAGAGGAAUGAUGCUUUACCAUCACGGCAGUCUGCAGGAAGCUUUAAGAAAUUUUAAGAGGUGUCUCCAACUUGAACCUUACCAUGAGGUUUGUCAGUACAUGAAAGGCCUUAGCCAUGUUGCCAUGGGUCAGUUUUAUGAAGGCAUUAAAGCUCAGACAAAAGUAAUGUUAAAUGACCCUUUGCCAGGCCAGAAGGCAAGCCCAGAAUAUCUCAAAGUAAAAUACCUCCGAGAAUACUCUCGCUAUUUGCAUGCACAUCUUGACACCCCAGUCACAGAAUACAAUGUAGAUGUGGAUCUUCCUGGAAACUUCAAGAACCACUGGGCUAAAAACCUUCCUUUUCUAAUUGAAGAGUAUGAGGAGCAGCCCGGAUUGCAGCCUCAUAUUAAGGAUGUUCUGCCUCAGAAUUUUGAAAGCUAUAACCCAGAAAUUCAGAAAGUGAUUUGCACGGCUGAUCACCUAGGUGCCCUUAUGCAAUAUGAUACACCAGGAUUCCUUCCCAAUCACAGAAUACACAGAGCCAUGGGACUAGCAACAUUAGAAGUGAUGCAGGCCAUUCAGCGAACAUGGAGUAAUUCCAAAGUCCGUGUCAAUGGCAAAACGAGACAAAUGCAGUGGAGAGAUAUGUUUGACGUUGCAGUUAAAUGGAGGAGGAUUGCAGACCCUGACCAGCCAGUGCUAUGGCUGGACCAGAUGCCAGCUAGAAGUCUCAGUCGAGGCUUUAACAAUCAUAUCAAUCUAAUCAGGGGACAAAUAAUCAAUAUACGUUAUUUGGCAUAUUUUGAUCAAAUCCUUAGCUUCAUCAAAGACAGGAUCCUUGUUUAUCACAGCGCCUAUAACCCAAGAGGACUUUCAGAAGUAAGACAGGCCUUGGAGGAUGUUAAUAAAGUUGAAGACCUUCUUCCCAUAAUGAAAUUUAACAGCAAAACCAGAGACGGAUUUACAGUGAACACAAAGGUACCCAGUUUAAACGAACCAGGAAAGGAGUAUGAUGGGUGUACAAUAACUAUUACAGGAGACAGAGUUGGAAACAUGUUGUUUUCUGUGGAAACACAGACAACAGAAGAAAGGACACAGCAGUAUCAGUGGGAGAUUGAAUCUGUGUACAAGGAUCUGACUACAAAAGGAAAGGCACUAAUGCUGUCUACUGAGCUUGGGGAUGCAGAUGCUGUAUGCAAUCUAAUCCUUUCGCUGGUGUAUUACUUUUAUAAUUUAAUGCCUCUCUCUAGAGGGUCCAGUGUGGUAGCUUAUUCUGUGGUUAUGGGUUCACUGAUGGCUAGUGGGAAGGAAGUAAUGGGAAGAAUACCCAAAGGAAAGCUGGCUGAUUUUGAAGCCAUGACAACAUCUAGCCCUGAGGCUUUUAGCAAAAUUGCAAAAAGCUGGAUGAAACUGAAGAGCCUUCCAGACUGGUACCAGAGUCUUCCAUCUGUAGCAGAAACAUUUCCAACAACAAGAACAAUGAUCGAGGUUCUGAACACAGACUCCACUUCUCAGUGCCCUAAAAAAUCCUAACAGUAGGUAACGCAGUAGUGAAGGACCAGUGUGUUACAUGCACUCUCUUCUCAGAGUCCACGGAGCUCCCAUCUCAUGGGAAAAUGUUAGACUCAGUAACAGGUAAUAGGAAAACCACUUGCCAUACAAUGGAUCAUCAGUGUACAUUUUAAGAAGGUAAAUUCACCCAUUCCUUCACUUUUUAAUGGUUCUACACACUCAUCCACAUCCAGUCAAUUACUAAAUUAUACGUUAUUAAACCUGAAUCAACUCUCUAUUCUGGUUCAGUCCAAUAUGAGGGCUUCCAUAUAUUCUGAGCACCAAGUGCAUCUAAAGGUAUUUUAGCCAUGGGUGCAAAGAAAUGAAUGUCCUUUGCUACUUUUUUAUAUGUUUUGAUAAAAAAAGGAAUACUUGAAAAAACAGAGGUUUGAGUUUCUCUGCUCUAAAACAAUUCUAGUAGGUACAUUAAAAAAUGGCGGUCUUUGCCACAUUGGAGGUUUCCCUAAUUGUUUUGCAACACUGACAAAAACAGAACACCCUUACAAGGAGUGCCCUCAAGUACAAUCAUUUCUGCAUUUGCACUUCAAACACUGUAUCCUUUUUUUUUUGUAUGUUUUGAAUUAGGAAAUAUGCCACUAACAUGGAACAUGUUCAGGGAUUAUGUUUUACUGUAAACAGGACAACACAACGUGCAGCUGUUUCUUCAUAAUGCUGUUUUCGGGGGUGAAGGAAACACAAAAUGACAACAUCAGUUAUCUCAAGUAGUACUUGUGCAUUUUUUUAUUUAAAUGCUAUUAUUCAAAUCAGUGUCAUCACUGUUUGGCAGAGAAUUUGCAUUGUGCGAGUUCACAUCAUUUUACAGGCAGUACUGUUUUCUGAACAAAUUAAUGUAGUUACGAAAAUAACAGUUUGUCAUCGGCCUUGUACCUUAUUGUGUGGGGGGGGGGGGGGGGGGGGGGGGGGGGGGGGGGGGAUCGUUUUAAGAGAGUCUUCAUUUGUGGUCAAUAAAAUGUUUGACAAUUUUUGUUACUGUCUUUUUUUAUUACGGGAAAUAAUUAAGUCAUUACAAAAUGAUUUACAAAACUCAAAAUAAGCUUUUAAGUGGUUUGUUUUUUUAAAUACUUCCAACAUUUUAGAGUAAUUUUGCUAAAUGACCAACCAACUAUAGUAGUCAAAGAAUAUGAGGGAACAUAGAUUUGGAAAUGUAACAAGUUAGCACUUAAAAAUGGCAAACAUGAAAUUGAGUUAAAGUGUUUUUUUGCACCCUGACAAAGGCACUAAUGUGUCGAAAUAUUGGCGAUGUUUUCAGUCUCGUGAAUUUGCACCUUGUCUAUUUCGAUGUGUGGACACUUUUUUUUUUUCUUUAAAAACCACAUUCUGAACAUGAUAUCUGGCUGUUAGUUUGCAACCAUGGAUUUUCUGUAAUCAAACAUGAAUGACAUUGAAGCAUUAUUCUGUCUGCACAGGGCUGAAGAAGACUGAUUCCAGACUCUCAAAAUAGUUUACAGUAUGUACAGCUUGAGGUUUGCAGUCCUUCGGAGUAGUUCUGGGUUCUGAUGCUCCCAUACUGAGUUUAUAUAAUUUUCUUCUACAUGGCUUUGAACUUGCUUUAAGCUUGUCUGGAUAGUUCUACCCUACUAGGACUGAAAUACUAACUUAUUCCAUUCAAACCGUAUGACCUUUCUAUUGGCUCAACCUACAAUAUCUACAGAGGGUAAGUCGGCAGGAUCAACCAAGUUGAAGGGACAUUUUGUCACAUGGAUUUAGAAGUGUGUUUAGUGCUAGACAGUCAAGAUGACCAGCCAAGCUCACAGACAGAAAAAAAAGCUUUGCAUCACCCUAUAGAAUUAACACAUUUUGCUUAAUCAAGUAAAGUGAAACCUGCUGGUAAUGUUAUGGAAACAUUUUAUUACAUAACGCUUUGUAAUUUAACACACACUUAACAAAAAAUUGAAAAAUGUGACAUUUUUAAAUCUAGCAUGAAA